AUGGAGGGCCCCCAACAACCCGCAAGGGCCCCACCUGCCCAGCACUCAGGGGCCCUCGACGUAAAAGUACAGUCGUUUCUCUCAUCUCUGUGGCCACGCUGGCUCGAUUCCCGCACAGUUCAGCUGCAACACUUAGGGGGAGAAGCGGCAGACCAGCAGCAGCAGAAUCACAUAAGCGCCUUGACUGCUCGGCGUCUACUGCUGGAUGACGUUGCGUGCAGCCCUGUAUGCUGCUGCUGUGGGUACGUACACCCUAGCAAGCACCCAAGUCAGCAUCAGGAUCAAGAUUCUGUUGUAGAGGACCUGCUUCUACUGCCCGUGGGGUCAGGGGACAGUCCUCCCCUGGCUGAAAUCGCAACCCUACUUCACCAGCAGCAAGAACAACUACAGCAAAACUCAAAGCCAGAUACAACUCUCCAGUUGCCCCUAGGCAUGGAGAGGGCAAAGGUGUGUCUAGCCAUUGUGCAAAAGCAACAAGAGCAAGAGGAAGGCACAUGGGAAGAGAGACAACCGGUGCUUCUGCUGCAAUGUUCUCUGCCAAACUGGGAGGCCUUAAAGAAUCCGAUACCUUGGCGCAGCCACAGAGCCCAAGCCGCACACCAUAAAUCCUAA